AUGAGAGCAGGUAGAGAGUUUAGGGCAAGACUCCUUCCAGCUUCAACAACUGGUAACUGGGCCACAGAAAAAAAAUCAAAUAUGAUGAAGAAUGAAGAAACAAGUUUUAAUGUGGACAGUACUCGAGCCUCUCCCUUUUCCUGCUGCCUGCAGCCACUGAGCCCUGUUACAAAGCCACACAGAACAACUACAUUUGGUGAGGAAUUCAGACCACACCUCUCACAUUUCCACUAUGGCCCUCCUCCUCUUGGAGACAUGGAAACAUUCCAGGGGUCCUUGGAAGGAGGGUCUCGGAAACGCAAGAGCAUGCCAACAAAAAUGCCUCCUUCUAUCACCCUUGAGGGUUCCUCAUCACCACCAGACAGACCUGACGAUCACAAUGACAUAGGCUCUUCCAGCCUCCCCUUGGUGUUCCAACAGCCUGAACAGCCCGAGUACAGAUCCCAGAUGAUUGAUCUGUGCAAAUUUGGUUUUCGGUUCUACAGAACUCUGGAGCACUUUGGAGCCAAGCCCAUUAAGCAAGAACCAGUGAAGCCUAACAUGACAUGGCCCAGUAGCCCAGCAUUCAUGCAGGCUCCUUACUCUUAUUAUCCUAAAGUCCACCCCAGCUUAAUGUUUCCUUUUAUUGUGCCACCAAACUUUCAUUUCAGGAACCUCUUUCAAAUGAAAAGACCUCCAAAGCCACCCUUCAGGAGGGCUGAAGUAAGAGAAAGUGGUGAAAACAAACAGAAAGUGGAAAGAGUAGAUGUCAACCUUCAGAUAGACGACAGUUACUAUGUUGAUGUUGGGGGUGAACAGAAACGCUGGCAAUGUCCCAUGUGUGAGAAGUCCUAUACAUCCAAGUACAAUUUGGUCACCCAUAUCUUGGGGCACAGUGGCAUUAAGCCACAUGCUUGCACCCGAUGUGGCAAGCUUUUCAAGCAGCUGAGCCACUUGCACACACACAUGUUGACACAUCAGGGCACUCGACCACAUAAGUGCCAGGUGUGCCACAAGGCUUUCACUCAAACCAGUCACCUUAAGAGGCACAUGAUGCAACACAGUGAUAUCAAACCGUACAACUGCAGGAUCUGUGGUAGAGGUUUUGCCUACCCCAGUGAGUUGAAAGCACAUGAGUCUAAGCAUGAGAGUGGCCGAGAGAACAUCUGUGUGGAGUGUGGUCUGGACUUCCCAACCCUGGCCCAGCUGAAGAGACACUUAACAACCCACCGCGGCCCUAUACAGUACAAUUGCACUGAAUGUGAUAAGACCUUCCAGUACCCAAGUCAGCUGCAAAACCACAUGAUGAAGCACAAAGACAUCCGCCCAUAUAUCUGCACUGAAUGUGGCAUGGAGUUUGUGCAACCCCACCAUCUCAAACAACACUCCCUAACUCACAAGGGUGUGAAAGAGCACAAAUGUGGAAUUUGUGGUCGGGAAUUUACUCUGCUGGCCAACAUGAAGCGGCAUGUCCUGAUCCACACCAAUAUCAGAGCCUAUCAGUGCCAUUUGUGCUUCAAGAGCUUUGUGCAAAAGCAGACUCUCAAGGCCCAUAUGAUUGUUCAUUCUGAUGUCAAACCCUUUAAAUGCAAGCUGUGUGGAAAGGAAUUUAACAGAAUGCACAAUUUAAUGGGACACAUGCACUUGCAUUCAGACAGUAAGCCUUUCAAGUGUCUCUACUGUCCCAGCAAAUUCACCUUGAAGGGCAACCUAACCCGGCACAUGAAAGUCAAACACGGGGUCAUGGAAAGAGGAUUUCAUUCUCAAGGUUUUGGAAGAGGAAGAAUUGCUCUGUCUCAGACAAAUGUCACGAGAAGCUUGGAACAGGAAGAACCCUUUGAUCUUUCCCAGAAAAGCCAAGGGAAGGGAAUCUCAUUUCAUUCGGAUGGCGAGAGUGCCAAGGGAAGCUCAUGCCAGGAAGAAGAGGAAGACAACUGCUAUGAGGCAGAGCGGUACAGCCCUACCAUGUACCACGAUGACAAGCAGCUCUAUGGGGCUCAAGAUCUGUCUGGCAAACCUGAGUUCAUGAUGAAGAACUUCAGAGAGUCCCACUGCAAAGAGAAGGAAGAAGGGCUAAGUGAGGGACGACUGGAGAAGAUAACAGGAAAUUCAAACAAAAAAGAGAGCCAAGGAGAGAGAGGUCUCGAGAACAGCAAAGAACAUCUCAGCUUUAGAUCCUUUGAAAAAGCCAGGCUUGGCCAGUCUUUCCCUGAUUACUUGUAUUUCAAGCACAGGAACAAAAGUUUGAAAGAAUUGCUGGAAAGAAAAGUGGAAAAAAACCCAAUGCUUAUAGGCAUUUAAAAAGGACUUUUUAAAACAGGUGGAAAAUGGGGAUCAGAUAGCUUUU